AUGUCAACAAUAGAUAUGAAAUGUAAUCUUGCCAUUGAAAGUUUACUUGAAUAUGAUUUUCUUCGUGAUGGUGCAAAAUGUUCAAGUUGUCAACAGCCUCUUGGAAUACAUCGUUAUAAAAAUGAAAUUCUAAAAGAAAUUAGUAAAUCAAGCAUGAAUCAUAAAGAUGCUAAUAUGAAAAUUAAAGGCAAUAUAAAUUAUGAUUAUGAUCAAUCUGUUAUGGAGGAAACAAAUAGAUCACUUUUAUCAUAUGAAAUCGUAUAUCAACAGAAUAAAAAUCCACCAUCUCUCUCAUCUCAUUCGAGUGAUUCAGAAAGUAUAAAGUCAUCUGCUUCAGUCGAAGAACAUUCUCGUCUUCAUUCGGAUGCAAUAUGUACAGAUUCACAAAUGGCUAAGAAGAACAAAGUUAUUGAAAGAAAAUUAGAAGAUCAACUAACAAAAGCAGUGUCCGAACAAGCUUUUCUUUGCAAAGAAUUCCUAAAGAAACAUUAUUGUUCUCAUAUUGGGUCGAACAACGUCGAAGAAUUAUACAAUCGGAUAUUAUCAAUGAUCAACAAAGACACUAAUCGUGUUUACCAUCUAAUGAAGCAUGCUCGACAUUCAUGUUUUGGUCUUUUUAUGAUUAUAACUGUAGUUUUUAAAGAGUUUAUAUUUUUACAACGUUAG